UCAACGAACGCACCCGCCCCAACCAGAGGCCCCUCCCCUCCGACCGCUCCAGCUGACGGUAGUGCAGUGCCCUGGCUCCUCAGUCAGGUGACCUGCCCGGCACGCCACGCAUGUCCAUGGUGCCCCUGCAUGGACAGCGUCGCCCUCACCGGGCUGCUGCUUCUGGAGUGGUAGGGCCACCGAUCGUGUGGCGGCGGGCAUGGCAAAGUCAGGGUCGGUGACCUGCUCCUGGCGCGACGCACGGUGGACGAGGGGAGUCUGUGCGCCAGGGAGGGGCUCGGUGGUGCUGGGCUUGCCGUUCACGGCACCUGAACGCAUUCAUAAACACAUCGCAGAGACAUACAGACAGAUGCACCCGUCCAUUCAUCCAAGAUGCAGGUAGGUCUGUCUUUCUGUCUGUCUGUCUGUCUGUCUGUCUGUGCGUGCUGUGUUUCACUUACCAGGGAUGGAGUGGUGGCCAAGAAGGGCUGCGGUCCAGCCGAACUCUGAAGGCACGCACUCCCGAAGGAAUGACUUGCCGAUGAAGGCACGCACUCCCGGAGGAAUGACUCGCCCGAGCCAGCCAGACAGACAGCCAAUCGCCUCCACCUACACACACAGACAAAGACACACACAAACAGAUACACACACAGACAGAGACACACAAGUAUGUGCACACGCGAGAUGAGCACAUCCUUUGCGUGUGGUCAUACGUGCGUACCUCCCGAAGCGCCGAAGAUGACAUGUUGACUCCUUGAGUGUUCGCCGGGCGGGAGGCCGCGAAGAGGGGCCGGAAACCGGUUGAGUCGAGCUGCACGUUGAGGCCGCGGCGGGACUUGCCUGUGGCGACCGCCAGAAGGACACCGCGGCGCCGCAGGGCAUCAAGGAAGUUGCGAGACCCGUCGAAGGGCUUAAUUAACCUGACGAAAGACAAUGCAAUGGGGACCCAUUGCAUUGAGUCGAUCGAGACAUGUAUGUAUGUCGUGUGAGUCGAUCGGUGUACAUACCUGUGUGUCUCGAUUUCCCUCCAGUGUGUGCGGUAUGCGGCCUUGAUCUCUUCGUGCGUCUCUUGGUCAUCGUCCGGACAGAGCACCAGGGGCACGUCAUCGAUCGACAGGCCAAUCGUCUCGCGAAUCUCCCUCUCCAGACGCCUCUCGUCCAU